AAUGUUUGAAGCGAGACCAAUUCACCUGCUGUUAUUUGGAAUUUGUACCUCAUUAAGGGCCUGCAGAUAAUGAUGAUCAAUACUGAAUGUAACGAAUCAACCAUUAGCUUCCACAUUAUCGUCCUGCAGUCUUCCAGGUUAUGAGCAAUUACACUGAGCACAUAGUGUAAACCCCUGUGGCUUAUUUGACACAAGCACAAUUGAUCUGAAAUCCAAAAUGAUUAGCUUUAAUUAUCAGAGUAAAGCUUCAGGUGGAUUUGAAACAGAAUCAUUGGAUUUGUGUUGUUCGGCUUGGUAGUCCAGCACCACAGUUAUCUUAUGCAAAUGUUGGAUGGUGCUACUAAAGGUGAGAACCUUGUUUUCAUACAGAUAUUUAGAUUUAACCUGUAUGUGAUAAAUGGUAAAAUAUUUGUGCGUGGAAUACAAAUAUUUUAAGAUAUACAAUUAUAUUGUGGAAAAAUCCGUGGAGAAAUGAGAAAAGCCAGACACUGGUCAUAACAGCCUGAUAGUAUUCUUGUUAUCUGCUCCUAACCCUCCUUGUCGGGGAAGUGAAACCAGAAGAGACAUGCUCUGAUCUGACUGCAGCUGAAGAGGCCUGGAAAGCAGUGGAGUCCGAUAUCAAGAACUCAGCGAGUUGGAUGCACCGUGUUACUUCUCUGAAUUGACACUCAACUCCACGUGGGAGGAAAAGGAAGAAGUGAAAGAGAUGGUUGGUGGUAGUCGUGACAUUUUAGAAGACAAUUGUGUCGCACAAGGCUUCCCUUGUCAGAGACAGAACAAUGUUCAAACCAGCCAGAGUGAAGGAGUGCAUUCGUGAAGUCGUUAGGGAGCGACUGUCUGGGGUUCAGUACGACCCGGAGGAAGUCCCAGAGCUGUCCCGGUCCCUGGCAGACUGCAUUAAGGACAAAGUGAAGAAUGCUGGAUUUGACAGAUAUAAGCUUGUCGUGCAGGUGGCCAUUGGAGAACAACGGGGACAGGGAGUCAAGAUGUGUUCCAGGUGUUUGUGGGAUGCUGACACAGACAACUAUGCAGAAGAUGUUUUCAUGAACGACAGCUUGUUCUGUGUGGUGGCAGUUUUUGGGAGCUAUUACUACUGAGGAUGACACGAUGGAUGACAGAAAUCUUUCAGAUGGAAGGAUGUGAGUUGUACUCCGCUCACCAUCAUCAUUUCGGGUCCAUUGUGCAUCUGGAGUAAUGUAAUUGCUGCAUCUUCAAAGUUAAAGAAUUCACCAGCAUCUCCUGAUUUGGAAAAAAGACUAUUAAAGGUGGGUCUCUCAUGGAUAAUCUUGAAUAGUUUCAUGAUGUAGCUCAGAACAUUGCAAUCCUGACUCCUUGAAUGUCAAACAAGUUCCCAAAAGUGUUGAAAUGUCUGGGUGGGUGUGGGAAUCCUCAGCAUAUUCAUGAGAUAUUUUUACCGGAGAAGUCCGCUAGCUUCACAUCCAUCCGUGAGAAAAUGUCAACUUUACCAAAUUUUCACUGAUUUCUAAAUUAAUUUGACUGAAAAUUGUCACAUAACCAUUUAAUCUUUUAAGUUUGAUAACACUCAUACAGCACAUUCGCAGAUCCAUUUUGUAUUUGUAACAGCAUGUUAACAAAUGGUCAUUUUUUGCUUUUUUGUAUGUUUUGGUGGUAAUUUUGAGCGUUUUAUUCCAUUUCAAAGAUAUUGUGACUUUUAAUUCGUGGCAUGUUUGCCUUAUUAAAGUGUCUCUACAGGAUUGUA